AUGGAAAAGUAUCUAGAUAAGGAGUACUUGCUAGGCUUGAGUCGAAUUAACUCAGAGCUCAAACAACUCCUAGAUCAAAGCCCACCUCCAGUCAUUGACUAUUCGAGUUUGGAGGACUUUACCCAGAUGUACCUGAAAAAUGCGGAACGGGCCAGAAGUAUUCUGGGCGCAACACCUCCUGGAGUCAAGGUCACCGAGUUACAAUACCCAAGACGUGAUGGUUCGUCUGGUAGGGCGAAGCUCAUACAGCCCAGCAGCCCACCCGAAAAGGGCAGUCCUCUAGUUAUGAUGAUACAUGGCGGCGGCUUCUGUCUGGGCUCCCCCGAAGGCGAAGAACAAACUUGUCGUAACCUGGUCCUCGGACUGGGCGCGACUUGUGUCGCUAUCGCGUAUAGGCUAGGCCCACAGUAUCCCUUUCCCUACGCUCCCAAUGAUUGCUGGGACGCCCUAACCUGGUGUGCUGCAAGUGUUACCUCGUGGAACGCCGAACCAAGAGAGGGCUUCAUCAUUGGCGGCUCGAGUGCCGGAGCGAAUCUCGCAGCCGUUCUCACCCACCAAGCUCGCGACGAGGCGCUCUCACCACCUCUGACUGGUCAAUAUCUCGCAAUUCCUCUACUCUGUCCGAAAGGCAAGAUGCCCGAGAGAUAUCAGCCUCACUGGCUCUCACAUGAGCAGAACGCUCACGCACCGAUCCUCCCAUCUGCAGCGAUCGACAUGUUUAUGGGCGGUUACAAGCCCGAUGACGAUGAUACCGUGAAUUUCGCGGUGUUCAACCACCCCAACGGUCAUGGCGGCCUGCCACCGACAUAUUUCCAGGUGGAUGGGCUAGAUCCUCUGCGUGAUGAUGGAAUCAUUUAUGAGCGUGUUUUAAGAGAGGAAUACAACACGAAGACGAAGAUUGACGUAUAUUCUGGCCUACCGCACGGACAUUGGAGCUUUUUUCCUACAUUGAAGGCGAGUAUCAUAGCGCGAAGGGACCAGGUCGAAGGUUUGGGUUGGCUUCUUGGUCGUACACCUGACUAUUCGAAACUUUCCUUCGAUAUUUCGGCGGGGACGGUAUAG